AUGUUCAAUGAAUCAUUAACUUUGGAAUUUCAAAAACUCUAUGAUACUAUUGAUGAAGCCGCAAGAUUUGAAGACAAAACAACUCUCAAAUUUGCGAUUGAUAACAGAUACCAUUAUUUAAUGGGAUAUGAAGAACAUUUCGGUACUACUAUUUGUACUUAUGCAGCAAAAAACAACAAUCUAUUUUUGCUUAAAAUACUUCACAACCUUGGUGUGGAGGAUUUAGAUUAUAGUUCAGUUAAUACAAUUCUUGUUGAAUUUUGCGAAAAUGGAAAUCUUGAAGGAGUUAAAUUUGCAGUAGAAGAUUGUGGUGAAAGCACAAAUUCAUCAAAUCGCCAAACCGGUUGUCCCGCACAUUAUUAUGCUGCAAAACAUGGUUAUUAUGAAAUUUGUAAAUAUCUUUGUUCAUUUAAACAAACAAAGAAGUAUCUUAGACGUUUUUUAGGCCGUUCUUUUGUCCCAAUUUAUGAUAUUAUUUUAAAAAUGAAUUCAGGUUCUAGUGAAAUUUUAGAGCUGUUAAAGCUGACAGAUGAGGAAAAUGCUGAAAUAUCAGAACUACAGGAAAAAUAUCGUAGAUAA